GUCAUGCAGGUCUUGCACAACGACUUUGAGAACGUUGUCGCAUACGUCAGCCGUCGUAUCAACAAGCGUAUCUCCCUCGCCUGCUGCAACGGCGAAGUCGCGCCCUUCGUCAGCCACAACGCUUUUCUCUGCUGGCAAGCCAUCCAAAACGCAUUCUUCAUUGAC